CUUUGGACGCGUCGAGAGAACGCCAAAUGUCUUCGCCCAGCGGUCUCAGCCGGGUCGCCGACCCUCCUAGUGGCCCUGGCCAGAUGGACGGCAUCACCAAGACCUCGCAUUCGACUCUGACUCUGGGCGAGUCCAGCGGCGCCAGAUCCGCUGCAGCGCACCCAAGCGCUCGCGUCUUUGCACCGGCCUUUGCGAGUCUCCUGCGCACGGAAAGCCGAACCGCAGAGUGGUGGGUUGUUCUCGCUGUGCAAGUCAUCAGCGGCUUGGCGAUGGUCAGUGUGCCUGCGAGCUACCCGCACUACACCCUCUCCUUCCUCCUCCCCGGGCCGGGGUUCGCUCUGCUCUGCGCCGCCCUGCUCGCCGCCACCGCCGGCGUGCUGCGGCUCCUCCAGCUGCGCGAGGCGCGCACGCCUGGCGCGCAGCGCUUCUGCUCCGACUCCACGCGGCGGGACGUGGGCAGCCGGAUGAUGAAGCGAGUGGCGGGGCGGCGGUCCAACAACAGCGCGCGGUCGUCGUCCGCCUCGUCGCCCGUGGCCCGCGUGCGCGGAGACGCCGCCUACCAGAUCGCGAGGUUCGCUGGCGCCGGCGUCGCGCGGACGCGAGAGCUGCUCUUGGUCCAGGUGGCGGUGCUGGAGGCGGCCAUCGCAGCGGACGGCGUCGAGGCGACCGCCGCGGCGCUGGCCGGCGACAACUCGAGGUUCGUGGAGCGCGUGGAGGUUGGCUCGGGCGGCGGCGGUGCGGCGGCGGUGCGGCCGCCAGCCUCGUGCUUCGCGCUCGUCAGCUACCGACAGGCGUGCCGCGACGGCGACAGCUUGACGCUCUCGCCGGCGAUGCUGCCGCGCAUCGCUGCGGCCGCACGCAAGGCGGGCGUGCGGUACCUCUGGCUCGACGCGUGGUGCCACCGCUUUGAGGGCGAGUACGAGCACUCUGCCUUCUGCUCGACCCUCACCGCGGUGACGAGUCUCGCGUCUGCGGUGCUCUGGCUGCCGAUUGCGCGGCCAGGCGAGAACCUGUCGUACCCGUUCCGGCUCUGGUGCACCUUCGAGGCGGCCGUGGUCGCGCAGCGCGAGCUGCCGGUGUACGCGGUCGGCGAGCCCGCACGCCGCUUCGAGCGAUGGCUGAUGCAGGCGGGCGGCUUCGCGCCGGCGCUGCCGUGGGUGGCGCCGCCGCCUCGCGAGGUGCGAUCUCUCGCCUACUUCAACAGCGUCAUGUAUGCGGGGAUGCUGUUCGCGCCCUACCUCGCCCCCGCCAUCUUCCUCGUCCUCGUGUCGGGCUCGAUCGGCGACCUGCUCCCCGCCCUCGGCCGCGAGACGGCCCUCGCGCGCAACGCCUCCAAGGUCCUGCUCGCGAUGAACGAGGGCAUCUCGCGCGCGGCGCUCGCCGCUUCGGCCGAGCCCUCCCUCGAGGAGUCGCGCGGGCCAUGCGGCGGGCGGGGCGGCAGCGGCGGGCGGGGCGGCAGCGGAGCUGGCAAGAGCGGUGGCGGCGGCAACCGCAGCAGCAGCGGCGGCGAUGGCGGCGAUGGCGGCGGCGGCGGCGGCGACGACGGCGGCGUGGGCGUAGUCGGCAGCGGCGGGUGGCGCAGCGUUGUGUCGGCACUCUCGGCUGUACUCACGGCUGUGCGGCGGUGGAGGCAGCACUGGCAGCGAUUGCGGCGGCGGCGGCGCGCUUGGCUGCGGCUGUUCUUCCUGCGCAAGCUGCAGCCGAUGCUGGUCGAGUCGCUUCGCGCUGACCUCCCGUGGCUGCACUCUUUCGACGUGCGCGACGCCCUGGUGGUGCGCGAGGUGCUCGACGCGAUGCUGGGGACGGACCGCUCGACGGACGGGUACCGGCGCGCCGAGGCUGCCCUCGCGCUCUCGUGCUACUUUGCGGCUUGGCUGCGCAACGAGCCAGGCGACGCGCCACGCGGGCGCUGCAUCGUCGACUGGCUGCGCGACAAGGACCUCGAGCUGCCGACCUCGCGCCCGCUCCCCCUCGCCGAGCUCGAGCCGUACGGGUGGAGGAUCGAGCGAGGAGGAUCGCACGUCGUCUCUCUCCCGCUCGGGUGGGCCAUCCUGCCGCCCCCGGAGAGGUCUCGCGACGACCUGUCCAAAGAGGAGUGGGACCUGUCCGUGCCGCCGCUGCUCCACUCCAAGACGCCGACACGUCGCACCAGCCGCGCGCGCAGAGGCUCUUCGCGUGCGUCGCGUACGGUUAACCCCCCCCCCCCUCUUCCUCCUCAUCAACCUCACACUCUUCGACGCGCUCAUCCUCGCGCGGUCCUCGACACGUCGCUGCCCGGUCUGCUCGAGCCGCUCGCCCGCGUCGCG